GAUGAUUGCCACCCCGGCCCCUACAACCUACAAGAAAGUACAAACACCUUGUUAAAGUGCCAUGGCUCUGUAACUGGCCAUACCCUUCCUCCCUCUUCCCAAGAAAAUCAUUCAGAAUUCAGCAUAUAGCCAACACAAGGUCCUCUGCUCUGCUGAACCCCAGACUCCUCACCAGAGACCAACCAGAAAAUGGCGUUCAGAGGCUACUGCCACCCUCACCCUUCUUCCUCCAUGGCCACCACCGGCCCGAGAUUCGGCGCAAGGAGGCCGGCAGCAGCCUUGAGCUUCAGAACCUCUGCAGCCCAUGGAUGUAACCAACCAUCCUCGCACCUCUCCUUUGCUGCACCAACCAGCAACAAGGUGUUCGAGGACCAGGUGAGAGGGAUCGUGUGCUACAGGGACGACAAGGGGGAGGUCGUCUGCGAGGGCUACGACGAGGGCCCGAGGCUCGGAAUGCGGCUGCCGGAGAAGGCCUGCUUCCCAUGGCCUGUGGGAGUUCAGGUCACCGAUUUCAUCCGCCUUGCGACGCUUCGGGUCUUCGAGGACGGCGCCGACGACGGUCUUCUGCACAAGAAUGAUCAGAAGUGGCAGCUCUGAAUUGAUAAAGGGGUGGGGGGGCACCGAUCAAGUAAGAGCAAUAAUUGGAAUAACCGGAAGCACAGCCAUGUGUGCCAAAUGCCCUGCCUAACUAGCAGUGAUAUUUUAUUCUGCAAACAGCCUGGUUAAUAUCACCCGAAUUACUUCUAUUUUGCUUUCGUUGUACGUACUACUAGCAUAAUCCUUUUAUACAGAAACAGUUGGAAAGGUUUCUGAAA